AUGCCUUCCACUUACAACAAGGAAAAAGCGUGGGAUACGGAGGAUAUCGACAAAUGGAAGAUCGAAGAAUUCAAACCCGAAGACAAUGUCUCCGGAAACUUCGUCGAGGAGUCCUCAUUCAUGACCCUGUUCCCUAAAUACCGUGAAGUCUACCUGAAGGAAGCAUGGCCCACAAUCACCAAAGCGCUGGAAAAGCAGGGCGUCGCCUGUACCCUGGAUUUGGUUGAGGGUAGCAUGACCGUGAAAACCACCCGAAAGACCUACGACCCAGCCGCGAUCCUAAAAGCCCGUGACUUGAUCAAGCUCCUGGCGCGUAGCGUUCCCGUAACCCAAGCGAUGAAGAUCCUCGACGACGGCGUGGCAUGUGACAUCAUCAAGAUCCGUAAUCAAGUGCGCAACAAGGAACGAUUCGUGAAACGGCGUCAGCGUAUCCUGGGUCCCAACGGCUCAACCUUGAAGGCUCUGGAACUUCUCACAAGCACCUACAUUCUUGUUCAGGGUAACACAGUCGCCUGCAUGGGCCCGUUCAAGGGAUUGAAGGAAGUGCGACGAAUCAUCGACGACUGCAUGGCGAACAUUCACCCGAUCUACCACAUCAAGGAGUUGAUGAUCAAGCGCGAACUUGCUAAGGACCCUACAUUGGCGAACGAGUCAUGGGAUCGAUUCCUGCCCAACUUUAAGAAACGCACGCUUUCCAAGCGUCGUGUUCCUCACGUUGUUACCGACAAGACGAAGAAGGUCUAUACGCCAUUCCCCCCUGCGCCCGAAAAGAGCAAGGUGGAUCUGCAAAUCGAGUCUGGAGAAUACUUCUUGUCCAAGGAGGCCAAGGAUCGUGCGCAGAAGGAGGAUGUCAUCGAGCGGCAACGCGUCAAGCGAGAGGAGAAGAUGCGCGAGCGCGAGAAGGAUUUCAUCGCUCCCGAGGAGGAUGUGGGUGGAGAGAAGAAGAAGGAGAAGAAGGAGAAGAAGGAAAAGAAGGAAAAGUCCAAGCGCAAGCGAGACGCCGAGGCCGAUGGAGAGGAUGCUGCCGACAACAAGGAGAAGAAAAAGAAGAAGAAGAGCAAGUCCAAGCAUGCAUCCUCCGACGAGGAAUAA